AUGUUUUGUUUUUUGUGUGAGAAUCCAUACCGUGAAGUGGACCAAGGUGAAGUUGGGUUAGUGCAAACAUUUGGUAGAUUGACCCGUACUGUGGAACCAGGGUUAUCGUAUGUUAAUACCUGGUCAGAAAAAUUGACUCGAGUUUCAAUCAAAAUUAAUAUUAGAGAAAUUCCAGCCCAGAAAUGUUUCACCAAGGAUAAUGUUAGUGUUAUUAUUACUUCAGUUGUGUAUUAUAACAUCAUUGAUCCACAAAAGGCAAUUUACUCCAUUGCUGAUAUUCAUUCUGCAAUUGUUGAACGUACUCAAACCACCCUUCGUGAUGUUAUUGGUGGCAGAACUUUGCAAGAUGUAGUAGAAAAAAGAGAAGAAAUUGCCGAAUCAAUUGAACAAAUAAUUGCCAAGACCGCCUUCGAUUGGGGUGUUAACAUUGAAUCAAUCUUGAUUAAAGAUUUAACCUUACCUGAUAAGGUUCAAUCAUCAUUAUCUAUGGCUGCCGAAGCCAAGAGAAUUGGUGAAGGUAAGAUCAUUAAUGCCAAGGCCGAAGUUGAGAGUGCCAAGUUAAUGAGAAAGGCUGCUGAUAUAUUGGCGCUGAAACCAGCUAUGCAAAUCAGAUACUUGGAUGCAUUGCAAAAUAUGGCUAAGUCGCCAGGAACAAGAGUUAUCUUUAUGCCUUCGGCUCAAGAAGUGGAACGUAUGGCUACUGCAAAUAUUGCCCCUAGUGUUCCUUCCGGUAAGGAUAAGCCUUUUGAUUUAGAUGAAGAUACCGAUUGGGCUGGUCAAGAAGCGGUUUCUGCAAAUGUUACUGGUAACAGAAGGAUUAUUGACACGGUAGCAAUACAAGAGGCCAUGCAACAUUAA